AUGGACUCAGAGACUGCUUUUGAGGGCUCGUUCGAGUUCGACGUAGACCCCUUGGUCGAGCCUAACUACACCAACCUCAAAAGCGCCAUUCUCUUCUGCGUAGAGGUCUCAAAGUCAAUGCUCAUGGAGCUUGAGCGAGGCCCCCACGACAGCGAAGAAGACGCCCCGCCGACCCCGCUCCGACGCGCGCUGGCUGCUGCAUACAACAUCCUCCAGGAACGCAUCAUCUCCGACCCCAGCGACGCCAUCGGCAUCAUGCUCUUCGGCACAGAGUACAGCGACGACGCGCGGUAUCCCGGCAUCUCGAUGCUCAUGGACCUCGACGUGCCUGACAUCGCCGGCAUGAAGCGCCUGAAAGACGUGCUCGAGUACGACGAGGACUUUCUUGAUCUGGCCAAGCCCGCGAGCGAGCCGCCGUCGAUCCGCGACGUGCUCUUCUACGCCGGUCAUAAGUUUUACUCGAAAAACGAGAAAUUCGCGUACAGAAGGAUGUUUCUAAUGACAAACACCGAUCUCCCGCCCGCGCACAGUCCGCAGGAUCGGAUAGCGGCGCGCACGAGGGCCAGCGAUUUGCUCGAGACCGGUAUCCAGAUCGAGCCAUUCUUUCUAAGCUCGCCGCCAAAACUGAUAUUCGACUCGAGCAAGUUCUACGAAGACAUUCUCUUUCUGAUGCCAUUGAAAAGCAGACUAGGCGGCGACCAAAGCAGUCUUAAGCGGCCGCGCGCAGAGGUCAGCGAGGCGUCGAUGCAGCCGCUUCUCACUACCGACCGCUUGAUUCUCGAGUCGCAGUUAAAGUCGCGGCAAGCACCUCAGAGAGCUUUGUUUAGUAUACCGAUGGAGAUAGUCGAAGGCAAGCGGCUGGUUAUAAACGUGAAGGGGUAUGCGCUGUUCAGACGGCAAUCGGUGUUGCGGACUGAGUUCGUGUACAAGUGCGAUGACGACGUGACGAGGAUUGCGAGGAGUAAACGGAAGCCUGUGGGAGAGGAUUUCUUUAGCGAUGACGAGGAUGAGAAAAACAAGAAGAAGAAAGCGGAUGACGCGACCGUUACAAAGCCAUCGUCUGUCAAGAGGGGUUUUCUAUUCGGCGGUGAAAUCAUCUCGUUUACAGACGAGGAGCUGACGCAGCUGCGUGAAUUUGGCGAGAUCGGGAUCAAAAUAAUAGGCUUCAAGUCUGCAAACCUGCUACCAAUCAACAUGACCUCGCGCCCAUCCUACUUCCUCUACCCCUCCGAGGAAGACUACGUUGGUUCUAUCCGCACGUUUGCGGCGCUCCACAAGAUCAUGCUCGAGCAAAACCAGAUGGCGGUCGCGUGGGCACGGCUCACGGCGAAUUCGUCGCCGAUGCUGUGUAAUAUCGUUGCUGCCGACGAGAUCGUCGCGACCGUGAAUGGCAGACGCGAACAGGUUCAGGCGCCGGGGAUGCAUGUCAUUCGCAUGCCGUUUGUUGAUGAUGUUAGAGAUAAGCCUUACAAUGCGCGAUAUUAUCCAUCUUCAUCUGUGACGACCGCGAUCGCGAGCGAGAUCAUCAACAAGCUGACCCUGAAAUCAGGGUACGACCCGUCGCGCUACAAGAACCCGAUAUUACAGCGGCACUACCGGAUCCUGCAGGCCAAGGCGCUCGAGGAGCCGUUUGGGGAAGAGGAAGAGGCCGAGAUGGCGAAGGAGGAUAAGACGGUGCCGAUGUAUAACUCGAUUCAUAAUAAGGUUGGGAGGUUGUCGAAGGAGUGGAAGAGGCUUGUUGAGGAGGAGAUGGAUAGGCGGGAACUAGAAGAUUAG